UUCACUUUUCCCGUCUCCAUCCGACUGAGCGGCGGCUGUGGGCAACGAAACCCUAGCGAGUAAGGCGGCGGCGCAGUGCAGCGCCGCCUCCUCCCAUCCAGCUCGUGUCCCUCCCUCCCAAUCUCCUCCCUUGUCUCCCUCCCUCCCAAUCUCCUCCCUCCCAGUCUCUUUCCCGUCCAUGGAUGGUGGUGGCAGCGCCAUGGAGCACGGCUGCACAACUUCGAUGCCGGGGCAGGUGGGCUCGGGCGUUGAACGGCUCCACGGGAGCAGCAGCAUGCGGCGCAUCCAGUCGGGCUUGGGCAGUGCCCCGGCGCCGGACGCACGCGCUGGUUUCCGGCAAGCUGGACAUGGUGAUGGAAGUGCACCCUAUGUUAGUAGGGUGAGCAUCGAUGAAGCCAGAAGGAGGGAAAAUGUCAACCCCAACAAUGAAGAUAACAUUAUGAUGGGGAAUGGUUCAGCUCUAAGAGAGACAGCUUGGAAAGGGCUUGUAAGCAAUGACAUCUAUUAUAUUUGGAACCAUGGCCCGAAGUUUGGUGGGGGAUUUGAUUGUCGGUACUGCCCCCUAAUCACUAGAGGAGGAGGUGCAACCCGCUUUAGGGAGCACCUUGGAGGUAUACCAGGUGAUGUGAAACAGAGUAUCACAGCAUACUUUGACAAGGAAUUGUCGACCAACAAAGUAUCAAUGCAGCCAAAGAUCAGCACUGCUUUGAAUGUUGAGUCAAAAGAUGUACUUGGCCAAGCUUGGGAAAAGUUUUUUCAUGCUAAUGACAUUGCUGGUCUGAAAGCAAAUUGUCCCUAUUUUCGUUCGGCUGUCAAGAUAACUCAAAACCUUGGCCCAGCUCCUGUUCCAACUGCCAAGGAGAUUGAUGGGAUAUAUUUGGACAAGAAUUAUGAAGAAGCUGAGCAGUGGCUGAAGAUGUUCAAGCAAGACUGGAGGAACUAUGGUGUAACUGUGAUGUGUGACUCAUGGACAGGGCCUACUAGUAUGAGUCUCAUCAAUUUCAUGGUGUAUUGCAAUGCACGGAUGUUCUUUCAUAAAUCCAUUGAUGCUUCUGGUCAAACUCAGACUGCAGAGUUUAUCUAUAGAGAGAUCAGAAAGGUCGUUGUGGAAGAGAUAGGUUCUGAGAAUGUUGUUCAAAUCGUAACCAAUAAUGGGUCAAAUUACAAGAAAGCAUAUACGUGCUGAAGAAGAACAAGACCCGGUGAGAGAGAAUGAUAAGCAGAAGGAAGUUGAUGCAUGUGCAAUGAUGAUGCCAUGUUUGAUGCAACAAAUCCUAUGAUGGAAUGGUUGAAUGAGGAUGAGGAGCAUGCAAUCUUGGAUGGAGUUGAUGCUGCUAGCGCCGUGUUUGAGAAAAUAUGUUUGCUUAACUCAAGUAGGAAAGUUUCUCAUCUUGCAAGGAAGGACAAUGGCAGGAAAAGAAAGAGGGUAGAGGAAGAAGUGGAUGACUACCAUGAUAGUGAGGAUGAUGAAGAAGAAAAUGAGGAGCUGGACCUGGAAAUUGAUGAUGAUGAUGAUAGCCAUGAUGAUGGUGCAAGUCAAUCUGAUAGAGGAUUCGCCAAUGCAAAUUGAAAAGGAUUUAACAAGCCAAGUUGGAAACAAUGUUGAGGUAACAAGUGAUGGUAGUUUGGUGAACCGUAGAUCUGAACGGGUUAGGCAAGCCAAGAAGGUCAAGGAGGUCACCAGCCUUUACAAUUGACAAGUUAAGCGGCAUGGGAGCAAAAGAGCUUUUGGUUUGAUGAAGACUAACGGGUGGAUGAACAGGAAGUCCGAAGUGAAGGUCUCUGUUCGAUUCAAUACUUUUGGUGCAAGACUGAAGAGUUGAAGAACAGGAAGUCUGAAUUGAACUUUUUGUUUGUAUUUUGGGGUCGACAUAAUUGAACUUUGAAUGUCGUGUUAAAUUCAUUGUGGACUGUAAUUCUGAACCUUAUGGGUGUUCGUUUCGACUCUUGGUAGAAUUAUUAAGUCGCAUGUUACUCUUAGUAUCUGAACUAUCAAGUCACAUGUUAAUCUGGACUAUCAUGUUGCUUUUCUAGUGGUUGCUGCUCUCCGAAUUGA